AUGCGGAUCCUCCGCGCUCUGCUGCUUGCAGUCAGUGCCAUAGCUUCGGGUGUCAUCGCCCAGGAUUCAGCUGGCGUACCUAAAGAGAAACACGACUACCAGAGUGAUGUGGCACGUCUCCGCAAGAUUGUUAUCAACAGUCUCUAUUCUCACAGAGAUGUCUUUCUUCGGGAGCUCAUCUCGAACGCUAAUGACGCCCUUGAGAAGCUCCGGCUGACUUCGCUUACGGACAAGGAGGUGUUGUCGGGUGCAGAAGACCUCAACGUGACCAUCAAGGCGUAUACAGACGAGGAUGGGAAUGGUCGCAUUAUAAUCCGAGACACCGGUAUUGGGAUGACACCUGAAGAACUGACUGCAAAUCUCGGAACUCUGGCGAAAUCUGGGACGACAGAAUUUUUGGCAAGGGCGGAAAGCACGGAUACCACUGGUACAGGCAACUUGAUUGGGGCGUUUGGACUUGGCUUCUACAGCAGCUUUCUGGUCGCCAAUCGUGUUUACGUCGCGUCGCUCGCUGCUAAGUCAGCGCACAACCCCGAGCCUGUACAAUAUGUUUUUAGCUCUGGAGCAGAUGAGAGUUCUUUUGAGAUAUAUUCGGAUCCCCGUGGGAGCACUCUCGGACGAGGUACUGAGAUCACUCUCGUCUUGAAGCCGGAUGCUGUGGAAUAUACCAACCCUCACAAGAUCACUGAACUGGUCGACAAGCACUCCUCAUUCUCGUCUGCAUUCCCAAUUUAUCUGUAUACGCAGCGGACAGAACAGGUACCAAUUGAUGAGGACCGUAGUAGUUCGGAGGAUCCUAAGGCAGCCAUCGAAGAUAUUGAUGAAGAUGAAGCCAUUAUAGAGGAUAUUUCGGAUGACACCGAGGAAGAGAAGGCACCGGAGACAAAGUCCGUUACAGUAGAGGAGUGGAUUCACAUGAACUCUCAGCCGCCCAUUUGGAUGAGAGAUCCGAAAUCUGUAUCUGAAGAAGAAUACAAAAGUUUCUACCAAGCGACUUUCAAAGAUUACGAGGAGCCCGUCGCAUGGCAUCACUUCUCCGGUGAUUCUGGCUCCGGAGUAUCCUUCAAAGCUAUCAUAUAUGUGCCAUCACAUUUAGAUGAUUCAUAUUGGCAAAACCCCCUGACCUCUAGUUCGAGGGAUAUUCGUUUAAUGGUCAAGCGCGUCUUCAUCACUUCUGAUCUGGGCGAGGACGCUUUGCCAAAAUGGGCGAACUGGGUCAAAGUAGUGGUAGAUGCGGAGGACCUCCCGCUGAACGUAUCGCGAGAGACGCUUCAAUCAACACGGUUUCUGAAGCAGCUUCGGUCGAUAAUUCUCAAACAUAUCCUUCAAAUGCUCGCGCACAUAGCGGAGGAAGAUUCUGAGAAGUGGGAACAGGUGCAGAAGGUGUUCGGGAACGUGUUCAAACUUGGUGCAGUAGAAGAUACCAAGAAUCGGGAGAAGCUCGUCGGACUGACGCGCUUCGCGACCAAUCAGAGGAAUAGUACUUCCUUGGACGAAUACUUGGGGAACAGGAAGAAAGGCCAGAAGCAGAUAUUUUAUCUUGCUGACAUGGGUAGUAAACCCGAAAUCCUAGCCAAGAGUGUCUUCAUCGAGAAACUUCAUGCGCGCGGAUACGAGGUCCUUCUCCUCACUGAGCCACUUGAUGAGAUUUUUGUCCAAAACCUUCGAAUGCACAAAAGGGUGCCUUUCCAAGAUGUUGCUAAGGCCGGUCUGAGAUUCGGUGACGAGGACGUUAGUCCUGAAGAGGAGAAAGAAGAGGAGAAGGCUUUAACCGAACAGUACAAGCCCCUGCUGGACUGGUUGAAGGAAGAGGUUAAAGAAGUCGUCCGCGACGUGAUCAUAUCCAAUCGGCUGGUGACUAGCUCUUGUGCAGUGGUCGCUGAUAUGAUGGGAUAUACCGCAAAUGUUGAGAAGAUGAUGAGUGCAUCUCAAAGCGGACCUAAGAGCCCCAUGCAUGAAUUUGCGAAGAAGCAAAGGAUCAUGGAGAUCAACCCUCGAUCGCCGCUGAUACAAGGUUUGUUGCGUCGGGUAGAGCAGCUGCCUACAGAAGAAGAAGGAAGAGAUCUCGAAGCGGAGGAGGAGCUGAAGGAGGUUGCAUCUGUCCUCAUUGACGGCGCACUGGUCCGUUCUGGUUUCAAUGUUCCCGAUUCCAACGAGUUCUUUACGAUCAUUGAUCGCGUUUUACGUCGUUCAUUGGGCGUCUCUGAGACAGCACCAACCGAUACCACGGUCAAGCCUGCACCACCUGUGGACUCAGAGCCAUUGAACCUUCAAGAUCCCCUAGACGUUGAAUGGCCUGACUACGUUCCAGGCUCUUUGAGACAGCCGGACUCGCCUUUCCAGCACGAAGAGCAACUAUUUUGGGAUGUGGAGGAAAUCGACGAGGAAGGGAAUCCGGUGAAAAAGUUGCACCGCGCUAGCGAGCAUGAUGAGCUAUAG